AUGGCUUCACCACCACAAAAUCUGAAGUUUGAGGCAAACGGAUCUCGUUUAAGUAAACUUUUAAUAAAUAAAGGAAAACAAGCCUUGACGCAUACAUUGCAAUCUUUAUUAAAGCCAUCAAGUUUAGCUGGUAAACUUAAAGAUCCCUCUACAAAGAAGAAACUAACAUCUUUGAAAUUUAAAGUAAUCAAGAAUGAGCAAUGGGAUCUUCUUUAUCCAUCAAUUGAUGAUCCUGACAUUGAAAAAUUUGACAUCACAUUGUUGACUGUCUUAUUGCGAAAUAUAUGUGGUCUAAAAGCGCCAACUACAGGAUGGGAUAAACUUCCUUCCUCUUCAGAUACCUCGGUCUCAGCAAAUAUUGCCAGAAUAAAGUUUUAUCGAAACAAAGUGUACGGUCACAUAACUACAACUAGUGUAAAUGACAAUGAAUUAAAGAAAGCUCCCCUCACUACCGAUGAGACAAAUUAUAUUGAAAUGUUAAAAGAAUGGUAUAAAAAAGAAGAGCAAUUUCUCGAUGUCACUGAAAAAAUCAAAGAAGAUGUGAAAGUAAUAAAAAGAAAUGUUGUAGGGAUCAAACAAGAGAUGGCAAUAAAAGUUACAAACUUAAAUGAGGAUGUAAAGAAAACAAAAGCUGAUGUAGAAGGAGUAAAAAAAAUGUUACAGAACAAGAAAUAUUCAGAUGUCGAAAAGCUUGGAAAGUGUAAUUUCAACCCUCUUAUAAAAGAUCUUAACAAGAAAUACUUACAAGGCACUAGACAAUGUCGUCCAGAACUUCCUGUUCAAAAGGAAUUGAAAGACAUGAAUCCUAUGGAAAUUACAACUCGUCCUCGUGAUAAAAACAACGAAAAAGACCUGCACAACUAUUUGAGACAUAAGUUGAAUAAUCGUUUGCAGGGAUAUCGCUACGUGCUAUGGGAUUUAGUUGAAAAAUGCGAGGGUUUAUCUGAUGACAUGAAGUUUAAAGAUCGUAUUAAAAUACAGGAAGUGCUAUCUCAAUUUUUUCCAAUUUAUGAUGAUUACUUGACCGUGUAUCACAAGUCUCUCAUUGAUUGGUUGAAAUCAGAUGGUUAUGAAGAGCAUGAGUUUACAGUUGAUCCAAGAAAUGGUCAUAAGUUCUUAUGGCAUGCUUGUGAGAAAGUGUUUGAACAAAUUAAGUCGAUGAACAUUUUUGAAGAUCAGAUGAACACUGCUAUGAUUAAAUAUGCUUUGAAGAAUAGAAUCUAUCAUAUGUCAAGAUGUGGCGAAAAUGUUGACUUUAGCUUUGCAGUGGAAGACAAUGACAUGUAUACCACUAGGUCUGAAUUACCAUUAGAAGAGUGGAAAUACAUUGAUCAAUCAACGAAACAUAGAGACUUGUUUAUAAAAUUGAUUGAAUAUGGGCGCAAUCCCAGUGUUGAGGUUAAAGUGAUGGGAAAUGUACGUGUAAUACUCUCAGAAGAAUUUUGCAUUGGCGAAGGAAGUGAUGCAACCCGUGUUUUUCUUGGACUGAGUAAGGAUGGUUACGGUAAAGCAGUGAAACAAAUACAUCGGCAUAAAUUUAUCCAGCUUGCACAUCACGAAAAGAAAAUUUUAAAUGAAUUCAAUGCAAAGAAGUCGAAAUAUCUUGUGAAUUAUUUCUAUUUAGAAGAAGAUACUGGAACCGAUUAUAUUUAUUUGAUAUUAGACUUAUGUGAAGAAUCAUUGGAGAGUUUUGUCAAGUCUUCUACUUUGCAUGAUCUUCAAAAAGCUCUUCCUAAUAUUCUUAGACAAAUUUUAAAAGGAUUAGCUGAUCUUCAUAGCGGCCCAAAUUGUAUUCUACAUCGGGAUUUGAAGCCUUCCAAUGUUCUGCGAGACUCAAAAUGCCAAUUUCUGAUAGCUGACUUUGGCAUAAGUCGAAUAAUGAAGAAUGACACAACAACAUAUAAAAGCAAUACUUCCAUGGGAACUUUGCAUUGGAUAGCUCCUGAAUCAUAUUGCGAAGAUGAUGAUUCAGUAAACAAAGCGCGUUACAAUAGAAGGUCUGAUGUUUAUAAUGCAGGGAUGGUAGCUUAUUAUGUUGCAACAAAAGGAAAACAUCCUUUUGGAACUAAACCCCACAGACUGAUUAAUAUGUUAAAUGGAAACCCUGUUGAUUUGAAAGAAAUCAAGGAUGAAACAUUAAAGGACCUUCUGAGGUGGAUGUUAAAUCUAAAACCUGAAGACAGACCAUAUUCUAACGAAGCAUUAAAACAUCCAUUUCUCAUGUCAGAUAAUGAGAAGUUUGAAAUGUUAAGUAAAGUUGGGAAUCUUCGGCAGAUUAAGACAAAUGAUCUCCAGUCAAGUGUCGUUCAAAAAUUGAAUAGCGAAUCCGUAGAUUUGGAAGGUCAAUUGGGUAGUGAUGUUUAUGAAUAUUUCGUGAAUGGAAGGCCCUAUAAAUCUUCAUGGACAGAAUGCUUAAGGCUUAUUCGAAAUAUUGAUCAGCAUUGGAACGAUCCACCUCUACCACAACCAGAAUUAUUUUACAAUAUUGGCGAUUACAAGGCGUAUUUUCUCCAAACAUUUCCUAAUCUCCCUGUUCGAGUACAUGCUGCUGUCAGGUCAAAUAAAGAAUUGAAAAACAAACCAGAACUCAAGAAUAUUUUUAAUUUUGAUGAAAGCGAACUACAUCAAUAAACAUUUCUGAAAUUAUUAUAAGUACUAAAAGUCUGGCAUUGGUAUUUUGAGCUCUUGGUAGUUCUUUAUCGUAUAAACCUGACCAUCAGGAGUUGUGCAUAAUUCCAUAAGUAGAAUAUUUUGUGUUUUACUAUCUCACAUUAAUUACGUAACUGAACCACAUAAAAUAGUUAAAUUAAAUAACAUUUUCAUGAGAUUGAGUGAUUAACAGCAUUUCGUCUAAUAACUUGUAAAUGGACUCAAUAAUAUUUUAAUUAGUUUUAUAGAAAAAUA